UUGCUUGCUUUAUUCUUUCAGAGUAAGACCAAAAAUGAGAAAUUUAAAACCUGGCUUGUCUCAACCGCGGAGUUUUCUUGGAAAUUUUUUAACAGGGUUCGAAUCGCGUCUCUUAUAUGAUAUAUCACUCGACGCCUUUCGAAGAUUAUUUGUGGUAUCUGAUUUUCCGUCGAAAACAAACAAUCGAAAAAACUAAACACACCCGACGAUAAAGUUUCGCCUCACUUUCAAUGCUCAGAAACAAAAUCGAAUCUGUUGGUAAGUACAACCUCAAGGUAAGUUUUUGUUUUAGUUCAAAAUAUGGUGAAACUGACAGCCAAAGACCGUGCCCAGGCUACGGUCAAAACUUACGAUAUGAAAACAUCACUCGAAGCCGAAGAUAAAAUAUCAAGAGAAUCUGUCAAGAGCCAGCGAAGGAAUAGAGAGGUCAGAUUACGGGCGAAUUACAAUAUAAUGAUUCUGAAGAAAAAAGCUAAAAAACUGAGGAAUCAAGAACGACAAAAACUGCGAGAAGAUCAUGGGGAGGUCCUAUAUCCGAAAAUGGAGCCAAAUACUAUUGAAUCUUUACGAGUACCGGAUCCAACUUUUGAAGAGAACUUAACACAAGAGCAGUUAGAAACUGAAAAGAAAGAUGAAACCUUGGAGUACUUUAUGAAUGGUUACAAACCCAAGUUGCUGAUUACGUGCCCUUAUUACCCUUCCAAAGCAACUAGAAUGUUCUGUCGUGAAAUGCUAAAUGUUUUCCCCAACUCAACAUUGAUUUAUAGAAAAGCGACUCAGUUGUCUCGGGUGUGCCUCGAUGCACAUAAAAAGGGAUUCACUGAUAUUUUGGACGUAUUUGUACCAAGAAAAGCAAAAUUACCUACUAGUUUGAUCUACGCUCAUCUACCAGAAGGGCCCACCGUUCACUUCCGUUUAUCGGGCAUAACGUUUAUGAAGGAUCUUCCUGAUAAGUUUCCGGCAGCACCGAAUAACCCUGAACUUAUUCUGACUAAUUUUAAAACAGCACAGGGAAGAAGAAUUGCUCGACUUUUUGCAAUAUUGUUCCCAAGUGAUCCUGAUUUUCGAAAAAGACAAGUGAUCGCAUUUCAUAAUCAGAGAGACUUCAUUUUCUUCCGGAGAUAUAAAUACGCUUUCAGAAAAGAAGGCGAAAAAGUAGUUUUGAAAGAAGUGGGACCGCGUUUUACUCUUAAAAACCGAAAACUAUUGAAAGGAUUGCCUAAAUUUGACAACAAAAAUGUUGAAUAUGAAUACAACCCGCACGUAUUUGUAAAGAAUAAAAAGACGUUUGCAAAUUAAAAUUUGCUCAAUUGUACGAUUUGAAUUUACAG